GAAGGGCGGCUGACAGCGGUUUGGUGCUCCGUUUAGACCUCAUUCUGAGAGAAGGGAGCUUGGGGUUGCUGUUUGUAAAGGGAGAAACGCGGAGAGAGAGGAGGGCCUACAGCUAUUGUUCAUGUCUCUCCAGGAACAAAGGGCUGUUCAGGGCUCCUUUGCCUCCCUAUACUUCAGGCUUUCGCUCGAAGACAAGGCCUUGUAACAUAGCCAGCUCAACAUUAUAGACAGCGAACAGGAUCGCCGCCUCUCAGUUUUCGCUGGACGAUCCCCGUUAUUUUUCGAAUAAGGAAAUUGAUCGUUGAAAUACUGCCACCACUGUGCGGUGAAGAUCAGGGAAACGGUUAGCGACCACUGGAGCGCUGAUCUCUCAUAAACAUCAAUUUCUUGCAGGAGCUCUGUGCAGGCUGUUCCUCUAAGUCAUUCAAGCUGUACUCUCCAAAGGAGCCCCCAAACGGCAGCGCCUUUCCCCCCUUCCAUCCGGGCACUAUGCUGGACAGAGAUGUGGGACCGACACCAAUGUACCCCCCCACAUACCUGGAGCCUGGAAUCGGGAGGCACACGCCGUACGCGAACCAGACAGACUACAGGAUAUUCGAGCUCAACAAGCGGUUACAGAACUGGACAGAGGACUGUGACAAUCUGUGGUGGGACGCCUUCACCACAGAGUUUUUUGAGGACGAUGCCAUGCUCACCAUCACUUUCUGCCUGGAGGAUGGGCCCAAACGUUACACCAUCGGGCGGACGUUGAUCCCGAGGUACUUCCGCAGCAUAUUUGAGGGGGGCGCCACUGAGCUGUACUAUGUCCUGAAGCAUCCGAAGGAGACCUAUCACAGCAAUUUCGUCUCACUGGACUGUGACCAGUGCACCAUGGUCACUCAGAAUGGCAAACCCAUGUUCACACAGGUAUGUGUGGAAGGCCGGCUCUACCUGGAGCUCAUGUUCGAUGACAUGAUGAGGAUCAAGACGUGGCACUUCAGCAUCCGGCAGCACCGAGAGCUGAUCCCCCGCAGCAUCCUAGCCAUGCAUGCCCAGGACCCUCAGAUGCUGGAGCAGCUCUCAAAGAACAUCACACGGUGCGGCCUGUCCAACUCCACACUCAACUACCUCCGACUGUGUGUCAUCUUGGAGCCCAUGCAGGAGCUGAUGUCCAGACACAAGACCUACAGUCUCAGCCCGCGCGACUGCCUCAAGACCUGCCUGUUCCAGAAGUGGCAGAGAAUGGUGGCCCCACCAGCGGAGCCGGCAAGGCAAGCGCCUAACAAGCGCAGGAAAAGGAAGAUGUCGGGGGGCAGCACCAUGAGCAGCGGGGGCGGACCCAACAGCAACAGCAACAGCAAAAAGAAAAGCCCAGCCAGCAGCUUCGCCCUCUCCAGCCAGGUACCUGACGUGAUGGUGGUGGGAGAGCCCACCCUAAUGGGCGGGGAGUUCGGGGACGAGGAUGAGCGGCUGAUCACACGUUUGGAGAACACGCAGUUCGACGCGGCCAACGGCAUUGAUGACGAGGACAGUUUCAACAACUCCCCCGCGCUGGGCGCCAACAGCCCCUGGAACAGCAAGGCGCCCUCCAGCCAGGAGAGCAAGAAUGACAACCCCACGUCGCAGUCAUCCCAGUGAAUCCAUGUGCUGAUGGGG